AUGGCCGCUCGAGUUCGAGCGUCUUUUACUGAUGAUGACUCGAUAAGCGACCACUUAAAUAUUGAAAUGGUUCGCAUCAACGCACCAGCCGCAACAUCAACAAUUACUCAUCAUGAUCCUGAUGAACAAGCAACAUUGAAUGAAUCUGCUGGAACAAUAGGUGUUAAUACACCAAUUAGAAAUGAUUUUCUUCUAACAGAUAAUCCAGUUUUAAUUGAAGGAAUCAAUCGAGAAUAUGAAAUACCCAAUCUAUAUACAUAUAAAACAAUUGAAUCGUUACUUGAACGAAUGCAAGAUGAGCACAGUGGUUUACCAAUUAAAUCCGUCAAAAGUUUUAUGUCGAAAAUUCCGAGUGUUCUCACUGGUGGAGAUUUAAUACAAUGGAUUCUAAAAACACUCGAUGUUGAUGAUACAACUGAAGCUGUUCAUUUUGCUAAUCUUAUAUCAUCCCAUGGCUAUAUUCUCCCUAUUGAAGAUCAUGUUUUAACUGUAAAAAAUGAUGGAACUUUUUAUCGUUUUCAAACGCCUUAUUUUUGGCCUUCAAAUCAUGUUGAAGCAGAUAAUAUUGAUUAUGCUGUAUAUUUAUGUAAACGAACAAUGCAAAAUAAAACUCGAUUAGAAUUAGCUGAUUAUGAAGCUGAAAACUUAGCACGACUUCAAAAAUUAUUUGCACGUAAAUGGGAAUUUAUUUACAUGCAAGCUGAAGCACAAAUAAAAGUUGAUAAAAAACGUGAUAAAUUUGAACGUAAUGUACUCGAUUCACAAGAACGUGCCUUUUGGGAUGUCUAUCGACCAGCACCUGGUUGUAUUAAUACGACUGAACAAGAUAUUAAAAAAUUACUACGAAGAAAAACAACUUAUGUAACUCCACGUUUAUUAAUUGAUACUUAUAGAAAAAAUUCGGCAGCAUCAACAUUAAAUACAGCACCAGCAUCAGCUCUUGCAUUUGCUGCUAAUAGAAAUUUAAUAACAAUGACUGUUGGACUUUUAUCAACAGAAUCUACAACGACAAAUUUAAAUUCAUCGAAUAGUUCUUCACAAACUCGAUCAUCAUUUUUACGUGAAUGUGAUGAAGCCUUAUUAAUUGAACAAUUAUGUAAAGAAAUACAAUUUCUUAAACAUCGAAUUGAAAGACGAUGUUUAAAAACAUCCAAAGUUUCAGAAAAUUCCGUUUCAUAUUUUGAACAAUAUGCUGAAUUUGAUCCAUUUAUUACAUUAUGUGAACCAUCAAAUCCAUGUAUGAAAGAAUUAUCAAUAAGCCCACUAGAUAGCGUUGAUUGGAUAACUGAUUCCAUUGAUCUAUGGGAAUUAGAAAAAGCCGUUAGUUCGAAAGACAUAACAUCAAGGCGUGUUAAACGGUGGAGUUUUUCAAUAAAUGAAUUACUUAAAGAUCCAAUUGGUCGUGAUUUUUUUUGGAAAUUUCUUGAUAAAGAAUACUCGAGUGAAAAUUUACGAUUUUAUGAAGGAUGUAUACAAUUACGUUUUUAUACUCCGCAAAAAGAUGUACUCAAUCGAGUUAAAGAAAUUUAUAAUGAAUUUCUAUCACCAGGUGCUUAUUAUUCGAUAAAUAUCGAUCAACGUGUCAUGAAUUUAACGAAAAAUAAUAUGAUUAAUUUUCCUAAUCGAUAUACAUUCGAUGAAGCUCAGGAUCACAUCUUUAAUUUGAUGAAUCGUGAUACAUAUGCUCGAUUUUUACGUUCAGAAACUUAUAAAGAAUUAUUAUUAGGUGGCAAAAAAAAAGUAAGUUUUCAUGUUUAA